AUGAACCUUUUUUCCGCCACUUGGAUUCUGAUGAUAAUCGGCGGGCAAGCCGGCGACGUCACUUACCAGACGCCCUUCGGCGCCGUCGUCGGCUCCCAGUUCCUGACGUCUUCUGGAGUUUCGAUCGACGCCUUCAAAGGAAUUCCAUACGCUGAACCAAUCGACUCCCGGCAGCGAUUGAAGGUUCGAAAGAUAAUCCGAUUAGAGAUUCUCCGGGUUCCAAAAUCAUUGAUAGCGUUGCUCCUCGGCAUUUUUAAAUCGAAUUUCUGGUUUAUUCAGAAAUCGAGUCUGGUGAAGCCAUGGGAGAUGCCUCUGGACGCGAAGACGUACCAGAAGGCGUGCAUUCCCGGCGCGGCGCCGGCCAACGCUUCAGAAUUCAGCGAGGACUGUCUCUACGUCAACAUCUUCACGCCGACGCAUCGAGUUGGCUUCUGAAGAUGAUCGACGUCCAUGAGAUAUAUUCAGAAGACCGGCAAGCUACCUGUCAUGGUGUUCAUCCACGGCGGCGGCUUCAAGGAGGGUUCUGGGGUCGACGAGGCCUGGAAUCCUUUUGCCGACCGUUUCACCUCGAAGGAGAUCGUCGUCGUCCUCAUUCAGUACCGACUUGGCGCCCUCGGUUUUCUGAGUCUUGGCUGUGAUUCGGGCCUUUUUCCUUGUAACCUCGGUAUUUGGGAUCAGGUCAGAAAAGUGAAAUAUUAGAUUGAAAAUGAAAAUUUCUUCAUCCCCCUUCAGACUUAGGAACGCCAGAGUGGUCCCUAUAGGGAAAAAAAAACAGCCGCUGCUGGGGACAAAAUAGAGCUCCCUAAAGUGAAAAAAUCAGGUGAUCCCUAGAGGGGAAACUUCAAGUAACCAUGAGGAUGCCCCUUUAGGGACCACUCUGGCGUUUCUAAAGAGGUUUUCAAUUUCAUCCAAACUCAAACUCUUGAAAAAAAAAAUCACGUUUCUUGAAUUUUAUUUACACUCAUUACAAAUGCAAAAAAAAUCCCAUGAAAAAUUGAUUAAAAUAUUUUUUGUCAAUUUCAAACUCCGAGAAUUUUCUGAACCAAGCUUUUUGAGGCCUUGGCUCUUCGAUUCGUCAAUGCGACUAUCGAUUCUUUCGGUGGUGAUCCAAGUGACGUCACUUUAAUGGGACACAGUGCCGGAUCGAUGAGUACCAGUAUUUUGUCGCUUUCUCCUGUGACUAGAGGUUUUUUCGGAAUUAAAAAUCAGUUUUUAACUAGGAAAAAAAUACAGAGCCCCAAUUGCACUUUUCCGGAAUGUACCAUAAAAUUUUAUCGCGCCGAUCUUUGAAAAACUUGCGAUGUCGUGAUAAAAAGCUGUGAAAUUGACUUUUAUGGCCCUCCGUUUAUUGGUUACGACCUCUGAAAGGUCUUUUUCAAAGAAUGAUGUAUGAAAAAAAGCUUUUUUCAAAAAUUAAGUUAGGAAAUAAUCAUCAACUUCAAAUCCAGAGUUUUCUGAAUUCCAAAAUUUCCCGUUCAGGUUUUAUCAAAAGAUGCAUCCAACUGAGCGGCUCGUCUUGGAUCAUGCCGCAGUACAAAAAGACCAAUUUUCAGUCUACUAAAAUGUGAAUUUUUUUCAGAUAAUAAAAAUAGAUUUUUUUGAAGGAUUUUAACAAACUUGGAAUGUCAACAGAACUCCUCGGCUGAACUGAUCAACUGUUUCCAGGGAAAGUCAUUGGACGAUAUUUAUCGAGCUCAGGUGAGUUUAUUAAAAAUUAAAAAGGUAAAUUGUUGAGUUUGAAGCCAAAAAAAUUUAUUUUGUUAAAGUUUUGCUUUUUUUGGAAAUGGUUUUGAGAAAGAUCUGUUAAAAGCUAAAUAUUCAAGAAAAAAGUUAAGAAGUUUCAAAAUUCUCACGGUCUCAACUUGUUUGAGGUCGGAGCCACGCUAUUCCCAGAAGUCGGCGACGAACUUUUCCCCAAGCCGACUUCUGAAUUGAUCAACGACGUCGAAAGUCAGCCGCCGGUUCUGAUGGGCGUGAUGAGUCUCGAAGCUCUCUAUUUCAGUGAGUUGGUUCCCGGAAUCAUCGGAAAAUCUUUCGUUCCUUGUUUGUUUUUACUGUCCCUUUUCAUUCUUCUAUAGCUGAUAACUUAAUUUAUAGUCUGUGUGCCACUACUUGAAAUUUCACUGAACGACAUUCCGCUGUGCCGCUGCGUGCGUUCGCGAAGCGUCUUUCUAGGUCACGCUUUCAAUUGAUUGUUAUUGAUGUGAAAGUAGAGUACCUUAAUAAAAGAAAAAAAAAAUUAAAAGCGCGACCAAGGUUUGCAAAGGCGCGCAGCGGCACAGCGGAAUCUCGUUCGGUGAAAUUCCAAGUCGUGGUACACAGGCUAUAUCUUACUUUUCUUGAAAAAAGGCAGAUUUUUCUAAACCAAAUGAUAACGAUCCAAUCGAAGUUCAGCCUAUCUGAAGUCGUCCAACGAGAUCUUCCCGUAUAUUCUGCGGCCGACCGUCGAGGAGUACAUCAACGCGAGUCUGGCCGAGAAGUACGGCGAGGACUCUCCGGACGCCUUCAACAGAAUCUCCGAUUAUUAUCUGCCGGUCAACGCCACCGACGCCGACGACUAUCCCUACUUCAUGCGACAAAGGACCAGGGUCAGAGAUUUCGCUGAAAACGCUCAAUGACCUCAUUUCGAUAUACAACUAGACUCUUAAAAUGCGAAAUACUUUUUUGUCAAUGACGUCAUCUACUAGCCGUUUUUGGCUUCAGAUCAACUCCAACACCCUUUUCGACGUGGCCAUCGUUCGGGAGAUCAUCGCCAGAUCCGAGAAGAGCGACGUCUUCGCCUACCAUUUUCAGUACUUCAACGACGCCGAGUUCGAGAAGGACUUCCCUGUCAAGGGUUGGUGACGUCACUUUCAGCUGAAUCUCAAGAACGUUAUGAUGAUGAGAAGAUGACGUCACUGAGUCGCAGUUGCGAGAUUUAUCAAAACCAGGAGACGUCGAUCAAAACCCUUCUCUUCUUUCAGAUACCUACCACUGCAGCGAAUUCCCUUACAUCUGGAAGGUGUUCAAGGAUCGAAAGUUCAACUUCACCCAGGACGACGACGUCGUCGCCGCCUUCUUCACCACGUCUCUGGUCAACUUCAUCAAGACCGGGUAAGUCAGACGACGUCCAUCCAAUCAGAAGACGCCCUUCAGGAAUCCCUCGACUGACGCCUUCAUCUGGCCGCGGUCAGAUUCCUGUGUGACACACGUCAAGGUGCUUCCUAAUCCUGUCAUUGAUAAGGGUCAGCCUUGAAGAUCACUUCUCGAAUAUAGGAGAAUUUCAGAAUUGUUCAACGACGAUUUCAACUUCUGGGAGUCGAUGCGCGAGCAGUUCCGCUACGAUCUCAUCACGGGUUUAUACUACACGGCUUCUACAGCUUCAAGUUCUCAAAUUAUUCUCACCAUUUGCAUAAUUUUAUCAACUUUGCUUUAA